AUGUCAAUGUCUGACAUCAUUACUAAAGGAAAUUUGCUUGAGCUCUUUCAAACUUCUGUAUUUACUAAACCGCUUAUUGUCAGGGUUAAUCGUAUAACAAAAUCUACAGUAAUAGAAGCAACAAUUGGCGACGAUGUUAUAUUAUUAGAUGCUUAUUUUUAUGAGUCUAAGGACCAAUUAGAAAUCAUUAACGAUGGUGACUUUUUAAAAAUAAUGAAAGCAGAAUUUCACAUUUUGUGUUCUUAUUCAAAAGAAACACAAAUUAAAUUAGAAAUUAUUGAAUAUGAAAAAGUCGACACCACACGAGAUAAACUUGUUACUUGUGAUUACGGAAACGGUAAUGACUUGAAUCUAUUCAAAUGUAAAAUAAGUAAAGUUGAUACAAAGGUUGAUUCUUCAGACUUAUCAAAAAGAAAAAUCACACCAUUUGCUGUGAUCACAACGAUGACAAACAAUGUCACUAUUAAAGGGCGAGUAAUAUCAAAAAGUAACAUAACAAAAAAAGUAACAGGAACAAAAUUUUGUUUUUUGCUUCAAGACGCUAAUGAAAAUGAAAUGACAGUUAAUUGUUAUGAUAAUGAAUGUGAAGAGGCGUUUGAUAGGUUUCAAGUUGGAUCAGUGUAUUUCAUAUAUUGUAGACAAUUUAAAGAAAAAAAAGACUGGUAUACAUUUAAUUGA